AGUUUUCUAGUUGUCCUGCUGAGGUAGUGACAUCAGUUUGUGACAUCACGCAAAUUGAUGUCACAAAGAGAAUUGUCUCCUAACAAGAGAUUGAAUAUGAAAGCUUUUCAAGAUAAAAAGGCAAUUCCUAACAAAUAAAUAAAGGAAAACAUUGAACAGUUUUUGAAAUUUGUCCAGACUUAAAGGAUCAAGAAUGAAUGAGAGCAGUAAGGCGUCGUCUUCUCAUUCGAAUGAAUCACAACUGACCUUGGCUAGAGAGACAGACAAGCUCGAAGGCAUCUUGAAAGAAGUCAGCAUAACAUCUAUUGAGAGACAAACUCUGAUUAAAGCAGCUGAGGAGCUGAAGAUUCACGUUACGAACAUAGAACAAGCAGCACGUGAAAAAGACGAGCUGCUUCGGGAAAAAGAUGAGGAAUUAAAAAAACUGUUUGAAGUAAACGGAACUCUAAAGGAGAACAACACCACCUUGGAGCUGAUAAAUGUCGCACUGGAGCAGGAGAACACCGUCUUGGAACAGGAGAACAAUGCCCUGGAGGAGGAGAACAUUGCCCUGAAGCUGAAAAACACCACCCUGGAGCAGAAAAGCACCGUCUUGGAGCAAAUAAGCACCAUCUUGGAGCAGAAAAGCACCACCUUGGAGCAGAGAAACACCACUUUGGAGCAGAGAAGCAUCACCUUGGAGCAGAAAAGCGAUGCCCUGGAGCGAGACAACAAUGCCUUGGAGGAGAUAAACACCGAACUGGAGGAAGAUUACAACGAACUGCUGGAGGAGAACAACAUCGUCAGCCAGGUAAAUAACAUCUUGGAGGAGGAAAACAAUGCCCUGAAAGUGAAUCGUAUUGUCCUGCAGCAGAGAAGCCUCGCCUUUGAGCAGCAAAACUCCACCUUGGAGCGUACAAAUACUGAUCUGCAGCUUGAAGUGGAACAGCUGAACCAAAGGCUGAGGGACAGAGAGGAGCAGCAGAACCAGCAGCCAUCUGAAGAGGAAACCCACGAAGACAACUAGUCGGUUUCAGACCAGCCACAGGAGCUGCCAUCUAUAUUCAGACAUGUGGUCAGAGGCUUCACCGAUACACUUCUGAAAAUGUUCGAAACAGACAAUCUGAGGUACUGGGAGCUUGACACUUGGGGGUUGAUGGUGGAAGAGCUAAUCGCUUGAAAGAUGUUGGCAGGAGAGCUUGAGGCCCGCAGAACUGCGGAGGUAUGGGAACUUGAUGCCAUCGAACUCGAGUCUUCCCUCACCACCAGACAAUCAGACUCUAAUCUCCUUUGUCGCCAGGUAAUCAGACACUUAUU